GGUGGUCGCACACGAGCGCUCACAGGGCACUUGUUGAGCCUGAGUCCCUAACGAUGGCACCGCUCACCCAAAAGCAAAAGACGGCCAUGACGGCGAGAUUGAUCGACUUUACGCAAGCGACUGAAAUUGAUGCGCAACGCUUGCUCAAAAAUCACAAGUGGGUGCUGGAUCAUGCUGUUGACGCAUUCUGGUCAGAUCCAGUCGCUCAAGCCAACGCUCGCAAGCCUGCCGACACCGCCACGACCAACAAUCUCAACAAAGCCUUCGACUCCUUUGCAGGUCAGGGCAUCGAUCUAACAGAUUACGACGGCACGAUAGAGUACUGCACCAAGCUAGAAGUAGAUCCUACAGAUCCGAUCAUGCUCGCUGUCGCGCAACUUUGUUCAGCGCCAUCUAUGGGUACCUUUGAGCGCAAAGGCUACCUUGAGGGUUGGAAAGCGCUAGGGAAAGAGACGAUUGCACAGCAAAAAGCCUACAUACCUAGCUUGCGCGACGAGAUGUCUAGGGAUAUGCACCUUUAUCGGAGGAUAUACAGCUUUACGUUCGACUACGCCAAGGUCGAAGGUGGCCGCGUCAUGGCGCUCGAAACUGCAAUUGAGCUCUGGCAAUUACUCCUGCCACUCGCACCGGCUCACUUCUUCGAGCCGCAUUCCAUGUUCAGACCCCUACAGGGGAGUACAGACAUGACGCAAGGUCUGCAAGCUUGGACGACUUACCUGACCGAGAAGACAAAGAACAGACCGAUCAGCAAAGAUGUCUGGUCACAGUUCCUCGACUUUGCAUCAAUUUGCGAUGCAAAAUGCGAGUCGUACGAGGACGAUGGCGCCUGGCCGGGCUUGAUAGACGACUUUGUAGAGAGCUCAAAGGCGAUGGACACGGCUUAGACGAACUCGUGAAGACCUUCUGUAUGUGAACAACAAGCAAGCAAACGUUAGUCUAUCGUGUUGAUACUUCAUUCUAUGAGCGAAACGAGACAAAGAGCGCCGCCAGUGCC